UCUCUCUUAUAUAUACACAUUAAGCAGUAUUGAUUAACACUCACAUCAAAUGUUGGUUGGUUAUAAUUCAAACAUGAUGAAGAAAGUCAAGUGUGGUAGGUAUUAAUAUAGUGGUGGUGAAUUUGAUGCAGUACCAGUAUUUGCUAUGAUGGAGUCGAUGGAGUCAUGUGUCCCACCUGGGUUUCGGUUCCACCCAACAGAUGAAGAGCUUGUUGGUUACUAUCUGAGGAAGAAGGUGGCUUCUCAAAAGAUUGACCUUGACGUUAUCAGAGAGAUCGAUCUAUAUCGUAUUGAACCAUGGGAUCUCCAAGAUAGAUGCAGGAUCGGAUAUGAAGAGCAGAAUGAGUGGUAUUUCUUCAGCCAAGAUAAAAAGUAUCCAACAGGGACAAGAACUAAUAGAGCUACCAUGGCGGGGUUUUGGAAGGCUACAGGAAGAGACAAAGCAGUGUAUGACAAGGCAAAACUAAUUGGGAUGAGAAAAACCCUUGUUUUCUACAAAGGAAGAGCCCCUAAUGGACAAAAGUCUGAUUGGAUCAUGCACGAGUAUAGACUCGAAUCCGACGAGAAUGGACCUCCUCAGGAGGAAGGAUGGGUUGUGUGCAGAGCCUUCAAGAAAAAAACCACUGGACAGACAAAGACUAUUGAAGGAUGGGACUCAAGCUACUUCUUCGAGGAAGGAAGUGGUGUAAGCACUGUGGUUGAUCCAAUCGAUCUCAUUUCAAGGCAGUCUCAGAGCUUUUUAUCUCAAAAUUUCUUGUGUAAGCAAGAGAUAGAAGCGGAUAACUUGAGUUGCAUGCUUCAAGAUCCAUUUGUACAACUUCCUCAGCUAGAAAGCCCGUCUUUGCCAUUAGUGAAGAGGCCAAGCACAGUGUCACUGGUAUCAGACAAUAACGAAGACGAAGACAUUCAAAACAGGUUAUCCAACAACAACACAAAGAAAGUCACUGAUUGGAGAGCUCUUGACAAGUUUGUAGCCUCUCAACUGAGUCAAGAAGACACGCUUGAAACCAAUGGUCUCUCAAGCUUUGAACCCCAUGAUAGCCACGACAUGGCACUGCUGUUACUGCAGAGCAGUAGGGAUGAAGGGAACAGGCUAAGCCCUUUUCUAAACACAAGCUCAGACUGUGAUAUUGGGAUAUGCGUAUUUGAAAAAUGACAGAGGAAAGAAGUUCAUGGAAACGAUUUUUAAUUAUUUUUAGUACCAUAUAUGUGAAUUGUUCUAUGGAUGCUGGGGACAUGCUAUAUUUUUGUAUAAAAAAUAUGUGUGGAUGAGAAGAAUCAAACUCUGUAUGCCCUUCUGCGUGAGUGCAGCUGUGUGCGGAAAUUGAGAUGCAUGCGUCCAAAUGGCUCUAGAAUUUAGGUAGUUUUAUAUUUUAAGUUAUCAUGUUAUUAAGCAGGUGCAGUAAUAGCCUUGCCAUAAAACGAGUCCUCUACCUAGGCUCUGGCUCUCAUGCCUAAGAUGGCAGCAUAUGUUGUGAUCUUUCACAAUCCUUCUGUUAUUUUUAAUGCCUGCAUUCUUUAAUUUCUCUCAUUACAGCAAACCUUCCUAUCUGCUCUU